GCCAAAUAAACCUCAUCAAUUUUGAACCAGCCAAGACAUUUCAAGCCCACACAAUAUAUACUUCUAAUAUAUCAUCCAACCAAAAUGGCUCACAAUAAUAAUAACCCCUCCCCCCUCAUCUCUCUGCUAAUCCUCUCCCUUUCCCUCUGCGCAACCGCGCAGCAGCUCCGCCCGAACUACUACUCCGCCGUGUGCCCCAGCCUGGAGGCCACCGUGAGGGGGGUGGUGGCCCAGAAGUUCCGGCAGACGUUCGUCACCGUCCCGGCCACGCUCCGCCUCUUCUUCCACGACUGCUUCGUCGAGGGGUGCGACGCGUCGGUGGUGGUGGCGUCCACGCCGGGGAACACCGCCGAGAAGGACCACCCCGACAACCUCUCGCUGGCGGGGGACGGGUUCGACACCGUGAUCAAGGCCAAGCAGGCCGUGGACAACAUCCCGGGGUGCAGGAACAAGGUGUCAUGUGCUGACAUUCUUGCAAUUGCAGCCCGGGAUGUCAUUUCUCUGGCAGGUGGGCCAUGGUACCGAGUAGAGUUGGGGAGACGGGACGGGUUAACGUCAAAGGCGACAAACGUGGAAGGGAGACUCCCACAGCCAACUUUCAACUUGAAACAGCUCAACUCUUUGUUUGCUUCUCAUGGUCUUACCCAAACCGACAUGAUUGCCCUCUCUGCGGCCCAUACGGUGGGAUUUGCUCACUGCGACAGGUUCGCCAACCGGAUAUACAAUUUCAGCAAGCAAAGCCCAGUGGACCCAACUCUGAACCAGCAAUACGCGGCCCAGUUACAGUCUUCGUGCCCGACGAAUGUGGACCCAUUGAUAGCGAUCGAUAUGGACCCAGUCACUCCCAAGAAGUUCGACAACCAAUAUUACAAGAAUCUAAAGGACGGAAAGGGCCUGUUCAAUUCCGAUCAAGUUCUGUACAUGGACCCUCGGUCCAAGCCCACUGUUGAGUCGUGGGCCAAAAACCCAAAAGCCUUCCAAGAUGCGUUCGUAGUGGCGAUGACGAAAUUGGGCCGCAUCGGGGUCAAAACCGGACGGCGUGGGAAUAUUCGCGUUGACUGCGGAAGGUUUAACUAACGGCGGUCAAAUGGCCCGUAUUUAUUUGUAACCACUUGUGAAAAGAAUUCCAAUUUUCUUUUUUUUUUGUUUUUUUCCCUUUUUGAUGAAUUGUGCCAAAAUAUGCACAUUAUUAAUAAAACCGGAUACUUGUGUAUUAGUUUGCUAUUGCAUAUAAAAUUUAAUCAAUAAUAAUAUUGGCGUUGAAAAUUUGUAGGAAAUUGUUUUUAACCAUAAAUCUCACUAGAAUUC